AUGUCAGAGCUCGAAGUUAAAAACGAACUGGAUGAUAAUACUGGUGAUAAUUUGGAUUUGACAAAGAUUUCAACAUCGGGUCUAUUACAUCCAUCAAGAAAUGUUUCACCAACUUUAUCAUUCUCCAACUUUCAUGUUUUAUCACCACCAGAUUUGUAUGGAUCAUUACCGAAAGAUUCACAUGAAUUAUCACUACAAAAUUUGUCUGUCCCAACAUCAAGAGAUUCGCCCACCGUGUCACGUCGAAGUUCCUCUACUUCUCAUGUAGUCUCAUCGAAUCACAUUGUUAAUAAUCCUGAAAAAUUUUUUGGAAAUUUAAAAAAACUGAAUAAACCUGAAAUUCGUCGUAUGAAACCAUUUGAUAUGUAUAAAUUUGCUGAUAAACUAGAUAUUGCGUUGAUGAUUAUCGGCUCAAUUGCUGCAUUAGGUGUUGGAGGUACAGAAUUUUAUUUAACAAAACCAAAUAUUAUACCCCGUAUUAUAAAGUAUUAUAUUAUUCUCGGUUUUGCAAGUAUAUUAUUGCAUUGGAUUGCUUGUGCAAGUUGGAUUGCUGCUGCUGAAAGACAAGUUCGACGUAUUCGAUAUACUCUUUUUCGAAAUAUUCUUCGACAAGAAAUUGGGUGGUUUGAUGUGCAUAAAACAGGAGAAUUAAGUAGUCGACUUAUUGGGGAUCUAGAUAGAAUCAAAGAUGGAAUGAGCGAGAAAGUGCCUGAUUUUAUUUCACUUAUUGGUCGAAUGAUUGGUUCACUUAUUUAUAGUCUUCUGAUAGGAUGGAAAUUAACAUUAGUUUACUUAUCUAUAUCUCCAUUAAUAAUUCUUGUUAUGAACCUAACAAUUAAAAUGAUUGCUACAUUUACAAUAAAAGAAAUAGAAGCAUUUGCAUCUGCAUCAUCCAUAGCUCAAGAAGUUUUACAAAAUAUUCGAGCAGUCACAGCAUUUCAUGGCCAAGAAAAAGAAGAAGAAAGGUAUGGUUCAUAUCUUGUUCGAACUGAAUGUUCAAUUUAUACAGGUGGAUCGGUACUUGUGAUUUAUUGGGCCUGUGGAUCUAUAACAUGGUCUCUAGCUCAGUUUAUGCCUAAUAUUGACAGUUUUGCAGAAGCUGCAGGUAGUGGAAUAUAUGUAUUUGAUCUUAUUGAACGAAAAACAAAGAUCGAUGCAUCAAGUGACGAAGGUAAUAAACCAGAAUCUAUUAUAGGUGAUAUUGAAUUUAAUAAUGUCACUUUCACGUAUCCUGCAAGGCCAGAAACUACAAUUUUGAAUAGUUUAUCAUUAAAAAUUUCAUGUGGUAAAACAGCUGCUUUAGUUGGGCCCUCAGGAUGUGGAAAAAGUACAAUAAUACAAUUAAUUGAACGAUUUUAUGAUCCAGACAAUGGUCGAAUUUUACUUGAUGGAAAAGAUCUAAAAACAUUAAAUGUUAGUUGGCUCAGAUCACAUAUCGGAUUAGUUAGUCAAGAACCAGUUCUUUUUACUGGUUCAAUUGAAGAUAAUAUUCGUUUUGGUAAAUCUGAUGCAACAGAUGAAGAAGUACAAACUGCAGCUAAACUGGCUAAUGCACACGAUUUCAUUAUGGCACUUCCAGAAAAUUAUAAAACAAUAGCUGGUGAUAAAUUAAGUGGCGGUCAAAAACAACGAAUUGCGAUUGCUCGAGCAUUAAUAUCAAAUCCGAAGAUUCUUUUAUUAGACGAAGCAACAAGUGCACUUGAUAAUACGAGUGAGAGAAUUGUACAAGAUGCAUUAGAUAGAGCAAAACAAGGGCGAACAACAAUAGUAAUAGCUCAUCGUCUGAGUACAAUAAGAAAUGCUGAUUUAAUAAUUGGAUUAGAACAUGGACAAGUAAAAGAAUAUGGAAAUCAUGACGAAUUGAUGAACCGAAGAGGUCUUUAUUAUGAAUUAGUUACAGCUCAAAUUCAACAAGAAAAAGAACAACAAGUCGAUGCUGAUAGUGAGAGAGAAGAUAACGAUAACACAAGUGAACGUUUGUUGACAUCAAAUACACUAAUUGAUCGAAGAUUCUCGAAACAGUCACUAAGUUCGAGAAGAAAUUCCGAUCGAUAUGAUGAAAAUACAGAAGAAGCAUCAUUGAAUGAUCUUUUCGAAAACAACAAACAUUUUCAUAUUCCAUUCAUAUAUAAAAUUUUAAAAUUCAAUAUUCCUGAAUGGUAUUGGAUUCUGUUAGGUACAAUUGUGUCUCUUGGUUUUGGUACUACUCAACCGUUUUUUGGGUGGAUUUCUUCAAAUAUCUAUCGUUCAUAUGCUAUACCAGACCACCAGGAGCAAGAACGUUUGAUACGCAUUUAUACUAUAAUAUGUUUUUGUAUCGGACUCGGUGCAGGUAUGAGCCAAUUUAUCAGUAGUAUUUGUUUUGCAAAAUCUGGCGAAGCACUGACGAUGCGUAUGCGAAAAUUAACAUUUAGUGCAAUGCUCCGGCAAGAAAUGAGUUAUUUCGAUCAUGAAUCUAAUACUGUCGGAGCUCUUGUUACACGUCUUUCUUCAGAUUCAUCAGCUUUAAAGCAUGCAACACAAGCAAUUGAACAGAUUCGUACUAUUGCUGCUCUUCAUCAAGAAAGUCAUUUUAUCAAACUUUAUGAACAUGCAUUCAAUCAAGAAUUUAAAGUAUUUUCCGUUCUUUCUUUGUCCAUGUUUGCUGUUGGACGUUCAAUAGCAAUGAUUCCUGAUUAUUCAAAAGCUAAAAAAGCAGCAUUACGAAUUAUGAAACUUCACAAUAGACAGUCGCAAAUCAAUCCUAAUAAUGAAUCAGGCAUAAUUUUGGAAGAUGUUAUUGGUAAUAUUGAAUUUCAUAAUAUUUAUUUUCGAUAUCCAACUCGACUAACUGUGCCUGUCUUGAGAAGUUUCUCAUUGAAAUGUUUAACUGAUAACACAACAGCACUUGUUGGACCAUCAGGAAGUGGAAAAUCUACAGCUAUUGCAUUAUUACAGCGGUUUUAUGAUCCAUUGCAAGGAAAAAUCUUACUUGAUGGACACGAUAUAAAAACGUUAAAUAUUCGAUGGCUUCGAUCAUUAAUGGGUCUUGUACAACAAGAACCAAUUCUUUUUAAUCUUUCUAUUCGUGAUAAUAUUGCUUAUGGUAAUAAUAGUCGAGAAGUAAAACAAGAUGAAAUUGAAACUGCUGCUCGAAUGGCUAAUAUUCAUGAAUUCAUCAUUACAUUACCUAAAGGUUAUGAUACAUUAUGUGGAGCAAAAGGGAGUCAUUUGUCUGGUGGACAAAAACAACGAAUUGCUAUUGCUCGAGCAUUGAUUCGUUCGCCAAAACUUCUUUUAUUUGAUGAAGCGACAUCAGCGUUGGAUAAUAAAAGUGAAAAAGUUGUUCAAGCAGCAAUAGAUCACGCACGAAUAGGCCGAACAUGUUUAAUAAUUGCUCAUCGUUUAUCAACCAUUCAAAAUUCGAAAAAGAUUGCUGUUGUUAAUCGAGGGAAAGUGGGUACACAUAAACAACUCUUGACACAAAAAGGAAUAUAUGCAAACUUAACAUUAGCUCAGAAACGAGCUACUGACAAUUAA